GCCCUUUCCGCGCGCGCUCUGUCCAAAUCCGCGGGCGGAAUCCCCCUCGUGCAAAUUCGCAGUCGUCUUGUGCGCCGGCCGGCCAUGAUCCACCGUCCACGCCGCCAACCUCGUCGGCCGCGGCAUUGUUAGUUCUAGUUGUUGUUGUUGUUUAGAUAGCAUUAUUCCGUCGUCGGACAGAUCUGCCGCCAUUGCCGCGCGCGCGUUACGUUACGUUGUUCUUGAGCUGAUCGAUCAGAUCGGAGUCGGAGGAGAGGAGGGAGCUAGCUGUGCUAGCAUGGGGCCAGGAGCGCGCGACGGCGGAGCCCAAUGCCCUCCCUGAAGCUGAGGCCCAUCCUGUUCCCCUUCCAGAUGGAGCCCCGGCGCGAGGAGCUGCUGCAUGAGCUGGGGGACAUGUGGGACGAGAUCGGGGAGGCGGAGGAGGACCGGCGGGGGGCGCUGUCGGCGCUGGAGGAGGAGUGCCUCAGUCUGUACCGCGCCAAGGUGGAGCAGGUCCGGCAGCACCGGGCGCAGCUCAAGCGGGAGAUCUCCGACUCCGUCGCCGAGGUCGCCGCCAUCUGCGCCACCAUCGGCGAGCCUCCCUCCACCGUGCACACGGCCUGCUCCUCGCUCCAGGGCACAGGGAGCCUGAAGGAGGAGUUGGGCAUGAUCGCGCCGGAGCUGGCGGAGAUGAGGCGGAGGAGGGACGAGAGGCGGCGCGAGUUCGCAGACGUCACCCAGCGGGUCGCCAGGAUCCAGGAGGAGUUGGACCUGCAGCUAGGUGGCGGGCAAGGCCAGUCUGAAGCUCACGCCGCCGCCGUCAUCGUCGACGUCGACGGCUCCGACCUGACGACGACCAAGCUCGACGAGCUCCGAGCCUAUCUGCAGCACCUGCAGCUGGAAAAGGAAAGUCGCACCAAGAAGGUGGCGGAGCUCGUGGCUCAGCUGCACUCGUCAUCCUUGGUUCUCGGCAUGGAUCCCACAGAGGCGAACAGUGUCGUCCAUGUUGGCGCCGACGGCGCGCAGGUGCAGCCCGGCGACAUCAGCGACGGCGCCAUCGCGGGGCUGGCUGCGGGCAUCGAGAGGCUGAGGGAGAUCAAACGGAGCCGGAUGGAGAAGCUGCAAGACCUGCUGGGCAGCAUGCUGGAGCUGUGGAACCUGAUGGACACGCCGGCGGAGGAGCAGCGGCAGUUCCAGGGCGUGGCCUGCAACAUCGCCGCGUCCGAGGACGAGAUCACGGAGCCCGGCGCCCUCUCCAUGGCCUUCAUAAGCAACGUAGAGGCGGAGGUGGUGAGGCUGGAGAACCUCAAGGAGUGCCGGAUGAAAGACCUCGUCGUGAAGAAGCACGAGGAGCUCAAGGAGAUCCGCCGCCGCGCGCGCCUGCCCGAGGACGACGACGCUACCGUCGUCAUGGUGUUCGACGCCAUGGACAGCGAUGCCGACCGGGCUGCGAUCCUGGAGUGGCUGGAGGUGCAGAUCUCGGAGGCCAAGGACCUGGAGUUCAACCGGAAGGACGUGCUGGAGAAGAUGGACAGGUGGCAGGCGGCGCUGGAGGAGGAGUCCUGGCUCGAGGAGUACAGCAGAAACGAGAACAGAUACAACGUUGGCAAAGGGACGCAUCUCGUGCUAAAGCGCGCCGAGAAAGCCCGCGCCCUGGUCAGCAAAAUGCCGGUGAUGGCGGAAGCUCUGAUGGCGAAGGUAGUCGCGUGGGAGAAGGAGAGAGGCGCCAAGUUCGAGUACGACGGUGAGGUGCUGCUGGACGUGCUGGAUGACUACGGAAACGCGAGGAAGGAGAAGGAGCAGGAGCGGAAGCGGCAGCGGGACCAGCGGCGGCUGCUGCAGCAGGUGCAGGGCGCCGCGGCGGCGGCGGACAGGGACGUGUCGUCGCCGGUGGCGCACCCGCCGCCCAAGAACAUCAAGAACGUCACGAGGACGCUGUCCAUGGGGGGCAACAACACCUCCGGCGGCGGCAGCGCCAGGAAGGCCGCGCCGGCGGCGGCCAGGCCCGGCACUCCCAGCUUCCUCAAGUCGCCCUUGUCGGCGCGCCGCGGCGGGAGCGACGAGGGGCAUAUGAUGGCGUCGGAGUCCUUCGAGUGACGAUCUUUUGCUUGUAGCCAGAGCUGGGAUGCCCAUGAAUGUCGUCGUCGAUCUGCAACUGCAAUGCCAAAUCUGUUUGAAGUCUUUUUUGUCAAAGUCGAAUGUGCAUCACUGCAUGCAGACCUCGUAUGCAGUGCUAAUGCUUUACUAGAAGAGAAAA